AUGACGGACACGGCGAAGAGCUCGAUAGCGGUCCUCGAAUCCAUCGCGCGGAGAGACGCGGCGCGUAAGGAGCACGAAAGAGCGAGAAAGGAUGAAAGAUUACACUCGAGCGAAGAUCCCUCGACCGCGCUCGUCGCGUUCAACGAUGCGUGCGCCGAGAUCGAGCGCGAUAUUCAACGCGUUUUGAGCGACGAUGAGGCGUCGAGGAAAUCGAACGUGCGCGAGGAGACGCGGAGAGAGAGUGGAUUGGCGGCGCUCGGCGCGGUCAACGCGCGAGCGACGGCGCUCGACGCGACGACCGGAGAGUUCGGUCGACGGGCGAGCGCGUACGACGUGCGGGUCAUGCGACAGCGCAUGUGUGAUGUCAGGGCCGCGUUGGUCAGGGCGCGAGGGGUGAUCGCGCCGCGUGAGCCGUUUCGGUUCAAGUCGAGAGCGAGCGGGACGCGGCGGGCGAGAAAAGACGGGACGUCGAAGGAUGAAGCCGCCGCGGUCGAGGAUACAGACGCAAACGAUGACUCUCCGGGGACGAGAGAUAGGAAAAAUGAGGUCGUGGUCGUGCGCGAGGUGCCGGAAGGGGAGGAUUAUGUGUUGGAGCGCUUGGCGGAUUGCGACGUCUUCGUACUCGGCGCCGUUCGAGCGCUUCGAGCGCACGAUUUGAAGCGAUGUCGCGUCUUCAUCGUCGCCGUCGCCGGGAGCGCGCACUUAGAGAAUGUUGCAGAUUGCGUGUUCUGUCUCGCGACGCGACAGCUCCGCGCGCACGCGGUGCGACGGACGCGUUUUCACGUCCGCGCCGCGUCGAGACCCAUCAUCGAGGACUCGCGAGAGGUCGCAUUCGCGCCUCUGAUGCGUGGGUUCGCGACACAGGCGAACUUCGACGUCAUUCGACGCGACGCAGGUCUUCCGGUCGAGGAGAACGGGAUGUGGCGCGAGGUGGAUGAUUUUCUCUGGCUCAAGGCGAGCGCGUCGCCGCACUGGAGCGCUCUGGACGACGACAACGACGAAACAAGAAACGUCGACGAGGCGACUCUGCGCGAGGCAUUCGAGCGCUUAGAUCUAUGA